GACUAUCCCAUGUCUCAGUAGCACGUCGCACAAGGUUCCGCGACGUUCGUCUUUCCAUUGCGUACGAGUUUUGAUGUUACGAUGAAGAUUCUCAUAGUUUUCCUCGCGUUGGCGAGUUUAAGCAGUGGCGACGUGUCCCACAUUUUGCAUGAGCAGUCAGCGCUAACAGACGAUUACGAGGCCGCAAUAACGACAACGACGCAGGGACCACCAAACCCUUAUAGCUUCCAAUAUAGCGCUGGUCGCUUUCCAGGACACGUUGAUCGUGUUCAAAGCGAAGCAGGCGAUGGCACUGGCCGCGUUAAAGGAUCCUUCUCUUAUAUCGACCCGAAAUUUAAAGUGCGCACGAUUGAAUAUACUGUAGAUGAGAAUGGAUUUCAUCCUUCCUUGAUUAAUUACGACGAUGUAUUUAAACAACCAAAAGAUUCAGAGGCCGUAAGACGAGCAAAGGAAAGACAUCGAAUACUUUAUGAUAAAAUUGCUGCUCGCAAUUCACAGGGGAUUCCAGUUCAACUACCCAAGGAGACGGCUAGUGUAGAGAGGGCAAAGAACCGUCACUUUGAUCUUUAUCAAAAGAUUGCAGCUGAACAUGCGGCAAUAGCAGCAGAACGCGAAACUAAACGUUUAGCCUUUGAAGCGACUUCCGUGGCAAACGAUGUUAACGAGUCGGAGGUGUAUUUUCAAUGACCUCGAGUCGUUUGAAUUAAUAUAGAAGCAUUUCUACUCUUUGCACAUAUUUAAAUACCUAUGCAGUACUGAAGAAGUCCAAAUGAUCUAGAAACGUUUUAUUUAAUUUUCCUUGCUUAAGUAUAAAUUGCUUUUAUGUAAAUUUUCUUUACAUUAUUAUAAUGGUAAACGUUAUGCUUUAUACAUGAUGAAUUCAUCAGCAGUCAUAGAUUUCAGUUUUUUUUACAGAAACUUUUUUUUUUAAAUUGAGUGACAUUUUUAUAUUA